AUGGAGUGGGGGAAACAAAACAUUGUACAAGUUGCAGAUGAAGUUAAUAUCGGGGUAGUGAAUAAUGGAGGAGUUUUUGUGAAGGUGAUGACAGAUGAACAAAUUGAAAUCCUUCGUAAGCAGAUCGCUGUUCAUGCCGCAAUUUGUGAACAACUUGUCCAUUUACACAAAUCCCUUACUCUUCAACACGAUCUUGCAGGGGCGAGGUUUGGAAAUCUGUAUUAUGACCCCUUAAUGACCCCUGGUGGCCAUAGAAUUACCGGCAGACAGCGGUGGACUCCAACAGCGGUUCAACUUCAGAUUCUUGAGCGUAUAUUUGAUCAAGGGAAUGGAACUCCAAGCAAACAGAAAAUCAAAGAGAUAACAUCUGAAUUGUGUCCACAUGGCCAGAUUUCUGAGACUAAUGUUUAUAAUUGGUUUCAAAAUAGGCGUGCUCGAUCAAAAAGGAAGCAACAGGCUGCAACACCAAAUACUGCUGAACCAGAAGUGGAGACAAAUGUUGAGUCACCAAAUAAAAAGACAACAAUUCCAGAGGAUUUUCAGACUCAGCACGUCCCAAGUUCAAGGGUUGAAGAUCUCGGCUUCAAGAACCCUGAGGCUAGUUCUGCAAUGAAUUCCGUGGAUCCACCACGAACCAUGAAGCCUGAAAGCAUGCUGCCUCCAGAAGGCUUUUUGAAGCAUGGUGGGAGUUUUGGUCGGGUGCCAUGUGGAAAUAUGUUAUCUGAUCCAGGAAUAGACCACUUGAUUGAAAAAAUGGAAGUUCCAGGGGACUAUAAUUCUUACCUUCAACCUGACGACUUCAACAUGACUGGCUAA